UGAGAAGGCACGGAACGCGAGCAACGUCGACGACAACGGCGAGCAACACCGACAACGACUGUCGUCAACGUCGUUCAGUUGUUUCUUAAUACAAUCCAUGUCUCGUAUCCCCGUCCCGUCAUCGCACUCACCGUCCACCAACAGAGCUCUCCAUAACGAUCGUGCUCCUUCUCCAGUACCACCACCACCACCUAGACAUACUACUUCAUCAGCAUCCAUGUCCAACUUAUCUGGUAUCUCACCGUCUCUCGCUGACACCCGGAGAAAGCAGUCCAAGCGCGACGAGGCUAUCCGGAAGAAAAUCGAAUCGGAACUUGCCCGAAAACGUACCAUCUCGACAACGCAUCAUGCAGGUGGUGGCCGCGGAAAACGUGCCGCAAAACCUACUGUUGCAAAGGGCACCGUGGCUGCACUGAAGCCCAGCCCUGCACUCACUGUGCCUGACAAUAUCACUGUCGCAGAAGCUAGUCAGUUGUGUGCGGCCAAACGGACCGAUUGUGUCCUUGUUGUAGACGAUGAAGAAGGUCUCAGUGGUAUUUUUACCGCCAAGGACCUGGCAUACAGAGUCACUGCUGAUGGCCUUGACCCUCAUACUACCCCGGUUAGUCAGAUUAUGACCCGGAACCCAAUGGUUACUCGGGAUACUACGAGCGCGACUGAGGCUCUCCAGCUUAUGGUUCAACGUCACUUCCGGCACUUGCCUGUCUGCAAUGAGGAGGGCAAUGUUGUUGGGUUGCUUGACAUCACCAAGGUCUUCCAUGAGGCACUGAACAAGGUCGAGCGUUCCUCGUCCGCAUCCGAGAAGCUCUACACCGCUCUUGCGGGUGUGCAAUCCGAGCUUGGCCCAGGAAUGGCUUCGAACCCACAAGCUGCUGCUAUGCUCGCCUAUGUCGACGCCCUACGCGAGAAAACCGCAUUGCCAGAUCUCACGACUGUGGCCAAACUGAUGAAGGAACGUCGUGUCACUGCUGUUUGUGUCAUGGAGAAUACGCCAGGUGCUGGUGAUGCAUACCCCAAGAUUGCCGGUAUCUUCACGAGCAAGGACAUUGUCCUGCGCGUCAUCGCCGCGGGUCUGGAUGCGGGCAUAUGUAGCGUUAUCCGUGUGAUGACCCCUCAUCCUGACACUGCUCCUCCUGCCAUGAGCGUGCACGAUGCGCUCAAGAAGAUGCACAAUGGGCACUAUCUGAACUUGCCCGUUGUCGAUAGCGACGGACGGUUAGUUGCUAUCGUCGAUGUCCUGAAACUCACAUAUGCCACCCUGGAACAGAUGAACGCCAUGAGCACGGAAAAUGCUGGCGAUUCUGUGGAAGCCGAAGGCGGACCAAUGUGGGGCCGCUUCUUCGACUCUAUUGGUGGCCACGAUGACACCGAGUCCGUGGUUUCUGGUUCGCACGUCCCCACUGAGGGCCACUCUCUCUCUACGCACAACCUCGCCCGCCUUCAGCAGUCCCCGCACUCUGAAGUGCAUCCGAACGAUUCUGCCUCAGUGGUUGACGAAGAGCACGAGUCUGGCCUCGAAGGCUACUCGCGAAAGCGCAAGGGUACCAUUCCAGCUAUCACGGGCGCGACAGCCAGCGUGCCAGUAGACGAUGGGACGUACGUCUUCAAGUUCCGCACGCCAAGUGGGCGCACCCACCGGUUCCAGGCGCGGCACGAUAGUGUCGAGAUGUUGCGCGAAAUCGUACAAGGCAAGCUUGCGACGGAUCCGUUCUUCACCGAGUUCGCAGGCUCACCCGCCGAGCGACCCGAGCCUGAGGACUUUACGUUAUCAUACACGGAUGCGGACGAGGACACGGUGCUCAUUACGAGCGACACGGACAUUGCGGAUGCUGUGAAAAUUGCGCGGUCGGCGGGCUCGGAUCGGGUAGUACUGUUUAUUCAGGGUGGGAAGCACUGGAUUGAUGCUGGGGCAGAGAAGAGCGAGGCAAAGGCCGCGGAGGUGAAUGCGGCCGCGAAGGAGGAAGAGAAGGAAGUCGAGAAGGCAGAGGCCGUGACGAUCCCCGAACCUGCUGCUGCUGUGACUCCCCCUACAAGGGCAUACACGCCACCGCAGGAGGAGCUGGUGAUGGGCAUUCCGAAGGAUUUGUUGCUCCCUGCGAGCAUUGGUGCACUCGCUGUUGUGAUCGUCGCGGUGUUCACCAUCUCGAGAUUGGCACAUGACUGAAGAGCUGAGUGCGGAGAAGGUAUAUGGUGAUCAUUAAUGCUUUCAGUUUUUACCCCAAGGAACUCAGACUGUUAACCUCGAAUCUCACUGUUUUCAUGAUAUAUAUGUACAGGAUGAGACCCAUGCUGUCGAACCUGCCAUUCACUCCUUUGCCUAGACGAUUUGUUUAUGAAUUCAUUACGAAUUUUGUGAAUGAACAUGACGCUUUCGGUCAAGACAC